UCCUCUCUCUUGCUCUUUCCCGGAGCUCUGAGGUGGUGUAGGGCGCAAAGACCCCCUGGCCCGGGUGAGGCGCAGGCGGCGGGAUGCGGCGGCGGCCGUGGCGGAGUCGCGGUCCGGGCGGACUGGCGCGGUGAUGAGCAUCGGCAGCCGCCGCCAUGUCCAAGGUAACGGCGCCCGCGCCCGGGCCCGGGCCGCCGGUGGCGGCGGGCGGGAAGGAGAAGCGCUCGUUCAGCAAGCGGCUGUUCCGGAGCGGCCGCGCGGGGGGCAGCGGCGGCGCUGGGGGCCCGGGGCCGGCCGCGCCCUCGUCGCCGUCGUCGGCACGCUCGGUGGGCAGCUUCAUGAGCCGUGUCCUCAAGACGCUGUCCACGCUCUCGCACCUCAGCUCCGAGGGUGCCGCCCCGGACCGCGGCGGCCUCCGCAGCUGCUUCCCGCCCGGGCCGGCCUCCGCGCCCACGCCGCCGCCGUGCCCGCCGCCGCCUGCCUCGCCCGCGCCUCCCGCCUGCGCCUCGGAGCCGGUGCCCGGCGUGGCGGGGCUCCGCAACCACGGCAACACGUGCUUCAUGAACGCCACGCUGCAAUGCCUCAGUAACACCGAGCUCUUCGCCGAAUACCUGGCACUCGGCCAGUACCGGGCGGGCCGGCCGGAACCGGAGCCGGAGCCGGAGCAGCCGGCGGGCCGAGGCCCGCACGGCCAGGGCGAGGUCACCGAGCAGCUAGCGCACCUGGUGCGGGCGCUCUGGACGCUGGAGUACACCCCGCAGCACAGUCGAGACUUCAAGAGUAUUGUAUCAAAGAACGCGUUGCAGUAUCGAGGAAAUUCCCAACAUGAUGCUCAGGAGUUCCUGCUAUGGCUUUUGGAUCGAGUUCAUGAAGAUCUCAAUCAUGCUGUAAAGCAGAGUGGCCAGCCUCCUCUCAAGCCACCGUCAGAGACAGAUAUGAUGCCUGAGGGACCAUCUUUUCCGGUGUGUAGCACUUUUGUACAGGAGCUUUUUCAAGCCCAGUACAGGUCUUCUUUGACAUGUCCUCAUUGUCAGAAACAGAGCAACACUUUUGACCCUUUCCUGUGCAUUUCUUUGCCAAUUCCUCUACCCCAUACAAGGCCUCUCUAUGUCACUGUAGUGUAUCAAGGGAAAUGUUCCCACUGCAUGAGGAUCGGUGUGGCUGUGCCUCUGUCUGGGACUGUUGCCAGACUUCGGGAAGCUGUGUCUAUGGAGACAAAGAUCCCCACUGAUCAGAUUGUGUUAACAGAAAUGUACUAUGAUGGGUUCCAUCGUUCCUUUAGUGACACAGAUGACCUGGAGACAGUCCAUGAAAGUGAUUGCAUUUUUGCCUUUGAGACUCCAGAAAUAUUUAGGCCUGAAGGAAUUCUCAGUCAAAGAGGCAUUCACUUAAACAACAAUCUAAACCACUUGAAAUUUGGCCUGGAUCAUCAUAGGCUGUCUUCCUCCACACCAACAGCAGCCAAACAAGGGAGAGUAGACUUGCCCAGCAGAGUGGCAAGCGACAAGAUUGUUCUGCUUGUAUGUAACAGGGCCUGCACUGGGCAGCAAGGGAAAAGAUUUGGACUGCCCUUCGUCCUACACCUAGAGAAGACAGUGGCAUGGGAUCUUCUGCAGAAGGAGAUCCUGGAGAAGAUGAAGUAUUUCUUGAGGCCUACUGUCAGCGUCCAGGUGUGCCCAUUCAGUUUGCGUGUGGUCAGUGUUGUGGGAAUAACUUACUUGCUGCCUCAGGAAGAACAGCCCUUGUGCCACCCGACAGUAGAAAGGGCAUUAAAGUCCUGUGGACCAGGCGGCACAGCUCAUGUGAAACUGGUAGUAGAGUGGGACAAGGAGACCAAAGAUUUCUUGUUUGUAAACACAGAAGAUGAGUAUAUCCCUGAUGCAGAGAGUGUCCGUCUGCAGAAGGAGCAGCAUCAUCAACCACAGACCUGCACUUUAUCACAGUGUUUCCAACUCUACACCAAAGAGGAACGGCUUGCUCCAGAUGAUGCCUGGCGGUGCCCACACUGCAAGCAGCUGCAGCAGGGGAGCAUCACAUUAAGCCUGUGGACUCUGCCUGAUGUGCUUAUCAUACACCUUAAGAGAUUCCGCCAGGAAGGAGACAGGCGUAUGAAACUUCAGAACAUGGUCAAGUUCCCCUUGACUGGCCUGGACAUGACACCUCAUGUAGUUAAGAGAAGCCAGAGCAGCUGGAGCUUGCCAUCUCAUUGGUCCCCAUGGAGACGGCCCUAUGGACUCGGGAGGGACCCUGAGGACUACAUCUAUGACCUGUAUGCUGUGUGCAAUCAUCAUGGCACCAUGCAAGGGGGGCACUACACAGCAUACUGUAAGAACUCCGUGGAUGGUCUCUGGUAUUGCUUCGAUGACAGUGAUGUGCAGCAGCUGUCAGAAGAUGAGGUGUGCACGCAGACAGCUUACAUCCUUUUCUACCAGAGGCGGACAGCUAUCCCAUCAUGGUCAGCCAAUAGCUCCGUGGCAGGUUCCACAAGUUCUUCUCUGUGUGAGCACUGGGUGAGCCGGCUCCCAGGAAGCAAGCAAGCCAGUGUGACUUCUGCAGCUUCCUCCAGACGCACAUCCUUGGCCUCACUGUCUGAGUCUGUGGAGAUGACAGGGGAGAGGAGUGAAGACGAUGGAGGCUUUUCUACUCGACCAUUCGUGAGAAGUGUGCAGCGUCAAAGCUUGUCAUCCAGAUCUUCUGUCACCAGCCCCUUAGCUGUCAAUGAAAACUGCAUGCGGCCUUCUUGGUCCCUGUCUGCCAAGCUGCAGAUGCGCUCCAAUUCUCCCUCCCGCUUCUCAGGGGACUCCCCAAUCCAUGGGUCUGCCUCCACUCUUGAAAGGAUUGGAGAGGCAGGUGAUGACAAAGUGUCCAUCUCUUGCUUUGGUAGUCUGCGGAACCUUUCUGGUAGCCACCAGGAACCAAGUGAUAGUCACAGUAGACGAGAGCACAAGGCUGCGGGCCGGGCCCCACUGGCUGUCAUGGAAGGUGUGUUCAAAGAUGACUCAGACUCUGGAAAAUUGAACUCCAGUGUUGUAGACACACCAAGCAAAAACCGAGCACAAGGGGAUCAUUUGCCCCCAGUCUCUGAUCCUUUUGAUAAUAAUAACCAGAUUGCUUAUGUGGACCAGAGUGAUUCUGUUGACAGCUCUCCAGUCAAAGAGGUGAAAUCUCCAAGCCACUCAGAUUCCCUCACAAAGAAGCCAGAGAGCACAACCAAGAGAUCCCCUAGUUCCAAAGGCGCUUCUGAACCAGAGAAGAGCAUGCGGAAGGGAAGGCCGGCCUUGGCUAGCCAGGAAUCGUCUCUUUCAAGUCCAUCCCCUUCUUCUCCUGUUCCUGUGAAGGUUUCCAUGAAACCUGCCCGCUGUCGGAGCAAAGCAGAUUCUUCCAGGACAAGUGGAAGGCAUUCGUCCUCUGCCUCUACCCAACCCAAAAAAGAAUCAUCCCCCAGGUCCCAGGAAUCCAUGUCAUCUCCUUCACCACAGAAGCAAAAGUCUGCUUCUGCCUUUACUUACUCCUCCUCUUCCAUAUCUGCCAAAACAGCCCCAGGCCCUGCCACCAGGGGCCCCCUCCCUUCUGGGAAGAGCAGGACUUCCGACCGGAGCUUGAGUAGACAGGGUUCCAGACAAAGCUUAGGCUCUGACAGAGCCAGUGUCACCUCCACCUCCACCUCCAAACCCAGCUCCCCUCGGGUGAAUCAGGCCAGAGCAGGGGAUAGCAGAGUUGAUGGCAAACAUGUCCGGAGCUCCUCCAUGGCCAGCCUGCGCUCACCUAGCACAAGUGUACGCUCUGGGUUGAAGAGGGACAGCAAGUCUGAGGAUAAGGGACUGUCCUUCUUUAAGUCAGCCUUGAGACAGAAAGAAACCCGGCGGUCAACUGAUCUUGGCAAGACAACCUUGCUAUCCAAAAAGGCUGGUGGGAGCUCUGUCAAGUCAGUCAGUAAGAACACUGCAGAUGACAAGGCAGAGAAAGGCCAUCAACCCCCGGGCUCACAGCAGCCAAACACAAAUACAACUGGAAAGGAACAGCUUGUCUCUAAGGACCCUGCUUCUGCUAAACAUUCCUUGCUAUCUGCUCGCAGAUCCAAGUCUUCCCAGGUAGAUUCCGGAGCUCCCUUGUCUCCCAGUAGCAGGUCGACCACUGAGAAAGGCUCCAAAAAGCUGUCUUCUAGCAUGCAAACCUCUGCACGGCCUUCUCACAAACCUCAGUGAUCUUCUGCAGUCGGGUGUUUUAUCUGUACAGAUGUUUAUUUAUUUAGAACCCCCUCCCACACCAAAGCCCUCUAUGCUUUUAUUUUGUAUUUUUGGGGUCAUGUGCCUGACUAUGAGAGUAUGAAUGUGUGUGUGUAACUCAAAUUGUUAAAAGUGUCGCCUUAUUCUGCCAUUGACCAAAUAACAGCCAUAGGCAAAGCAUUGAUACCAAGCUAACUGGAAUAAUUGUAGAAAAUAAUCUGGAUAGUCCCUUUAGCAAUCGUACCUAUUUCUUUCUAGUGAACUCUAAUGACUUCAUUGGACACUAGGAUUUGGAAACCUAUUAACCAAUUAAGCUAUCAGUGUAUAGACAGGUGAACUAUUAGACUUGGGUUUCAUCUGAGCAGAAUUUAUUUUCUUGUGGAUUGUUGAGUGGCAUCAGGAUCUUAAAGAAACAAACAAAAACUGAUGCUAACAACAAAUAAACUGAGGGAAAACUUGCUUUCUGCACUUUGGCCCCAUCUCCCAGUCUUUGUAAGGGCAAUAUCUUAACUAAUGUUUCUCAGGUAUAUAUACUCAGCUAGUCUAGGGUGGGUGCACAUUACUAAUAAAUGGGUUCAGGAGGAAGGUGACAUGGGGGUGCUGACUGUGUCCUGCUGCCACAGGUAGAAGCUUUACAGGUAGGCACAAACCUUUGCUACUUUCAUAUCUGAAGUGAUAGCCUGUCUUGACUCCUUGUAUAUGUUCUAAGAGCUGACAAAUUCUGAAUUGUCAGAAAGCCAGUCACUAAUUUUUUUUCAUUCUCAUUUUGCUAACCAUUGGAAUUUCGAAGUGUAGCAGAAUAGUUAAUGCUGUUGAAAGAUUCCCAGAGAAAAACAUUUUAUUCCAAACUGAAGCCCGAGUUGAUACCAUUUUCCUUUCUUGAUGCUGCUUAUUUCUGUUAGAAAUUGAUGCUCUCAUACUGCCCCUUGUGUGUGUGUUCACUGCCUUGUCUUAUUGCUUAGAAAAGAAAGACAUUGCCUCUUGCCGAGAGCCACUGAUGGUAUGUUGAUGUGAGGUAAGGCGGAGCCCUGUGCAUGCACUGAGGAUCCUGGUGUCAGUCUUCCUUUCGACUUCUCUUGAGUAGCGUAUUUAUGUCUACUCUGUUCUGAAGAGGUAAUCUCUGACCCAGAAUUCAGAAGCAGAGUCUGGCAUAUGCUCGCCCUGGCAUGUAGUUGCAAAUCGCAUUCUUAUAUAUGAAAAGGGGAACCUCACUGAAUUCUCACAGAUAAAGAAAAUAGCUUUCCAAGACUUGUAGAAAUCUCUUAGAAAUACUUUGCAGCUCAGUUUUUUAGUAUCCUCUUUGUUUAUUUAUUUUUUUAAUAUCAAGAAAAUCAUGAUUGUGAUUCUCAGAAUAGCAUUUGUCAUUUUGUCAUUAGAUAUAACUCAUUGAGUUUAUAGUUAUUAAAUUCUAAAGCUCAUGGUUUCCAGGCUUCCCUCUUCAGUAAUUCUGUGAAGUGACUGCAGUGUGUAUGUGCAUGCAGUUUUGAUUUCUACACUGUCCUUCUGUCCUCCUUUUUUUUUUUAGGAAUACCUCUUGGGAAAUAUUUCCAGUAGGUUUAAGUUUAUUUUGCUGCUAAUGGGACAUUAGCUGGUAGCUUGCAGGUUGAGGGUGGAAUUUUCAGCUCUUGUGGUAUUUGAGGCUUAGUUGUUUAGCCUUAUGCACAUUACCACAAUGCUCUCUACCCAAUCCAGUGUCUGUGAGCCAGUACCCACGACACUCAGUCCUGUACUGGCUGCUUUUAUACUCCCCCACCCCACAACCCCCAAGCCCCAUUGUGGCUUCCCAAAGCAUCAAAGCUCUCUCUCUGUCUUGCCUUGGUGUAACUGAGAUGACAGCUACCUUGGAGUCAUGAUGUAUUCAGUGGCACAAGGUGAGCCCCAUCAGAGUUUAGCCACCAAUCUUGUUUUAUUUUAUUUUAUUUUUUCCUGAAAAAGCACCAAGUGUUGAGACCAUCAGUAUCAGGAAUUGAGCAUUUAUGUGAUUUGAGCCUCUGAAACAGUCUUAGAAUUACAGUGUGAUAAGACAAAGGAUUUUAAUAACAAGCUGUUUUGCCAUAAUUAAGACGAAUAGAAACUAGCUUAAUUUUCACAGCACUACAUCGUUUUAUUCUUGAAUGCAGUAGGAAUGGAUCCUUCCUUCCCUGCAUAUCCUGUUUUUUAAAACAAAACAAAACAAAAAUCCUCUACUGGUCUUUACUUUUCCAUGGGAUAUAGAAAUACAUUUUCUAUAAUAUAAUAAAUCUAAAAGCUACAUGCAUAUGGAGUUUAGUGCUUCAUAUUUAAUUCAGUAGAAAAAAUCAGGAAGUGUCAUUGCAUUGUCUAGGCUGUGAAGCUUGUGUGAGGUUGGAAAAUGGUAAAAUCUAAUUCCUGACUGCUGGGAUAUAUAUUUAAGACACAGAAAAUACUACUUUGAAGUGCAGCCUGCAGUGAAAUAACGUAUGAGAAUAUUAUCACUUGGUUCAUUCAGUUCUGUGGCAGGAUUAGGGACUUGGUUAUUAAAAUCUUUCUCUCAGUGAUUUGGGCAGUGAACAUGUGUACUUUGGGGGCAAACUCAGAUGGUAGGCCUGAGUUUCUGCUUAGCCUGUUAGGGCAAUCAUUCCCAGGAGGCACACAGCACCAACCAACAGUGUGAUACAUUGGUAAUGUUUUGCUGUUAAAUAAAAAUCCUUUGUUCUUGCUCUCUUUUCCUGUAAACAUUGUGUGCACGAAGCUGCACCAUUCCUUAAGUCACCCUUCCACCCAGCCUUCACAACUCCUCAGAUGAUGUGGAAGCAUGAAGCUCAUACGCUCCUGUCACUUAGGACCCUGGCCAACCUCAUUUGUGUUUUCUCAUGCUGCAAUGAAAGUCCGCUUAAGAGUCAGUAGUGCUGUGCAGAUCUGUGGAGCAGUGUGGGAUAGCUGUGUGGUGCCACAGUUGUGCAGCGAUAAGGUCGCCCUGAACGCAUGGAAUCCUUCUUUAGUCAUUCGUUCAUUUGGGCCUGCUUUGCAUGUAGAGUCAAGCAGGAAGCUUCAGCAGUAGCUGUGGCUGUAGCUUGUUCAUCACUGGUUCAGACCAAACUGUCUGCUUCCCAGCAGAACUGACCCGCUAUGUAUGAGAUGGAUGUGGAGUUAUUGAGGGCUGGGAGGCAUUGUCAAUCCCUCUAAAUUAACUAUCAUAAAACUAACAGGAUUGGUAUGAAAAGGGAACAGUAGUGGCAGCUUAAGGGAAUACGUAUUAAAGAGUUAUGAAGAAAGCUCAUUUCAAGUAUCCUCUUGGAGUAGAUGGACAUGCGAUACCACGUUUCAUUUUGACAGAUCACUAAGUAGCUGAAGUUAGUUUCCUCUGGAGAUUGCCUUUGAAUACAAAGACAGUGUUCUGGGUCGGAUUUUGAGCUAGGUUGGAAAUCAUAAGCACAGUUUCCUUAAAACACAUUUUGGAGGUGCAUUGAUGCUUGUAUUUUGGGGUUGAAAACGGCAAAAUUUACUGACAAACCAGUGCGUACUAUAAAAACAAUUUAGCUGCUAGUGUGCAGGCUGCUUUUGCUGUGGUUUUCAAAAGGGUUCAGUGCUGUUUAACCUGACUACACCUUUCAGGUGGGACAUGAUGCUUUUAUUUCACUGACUGCUCAGCGUCCCAUGCUGCCUUUUGAUCAGACCCCACGCUGUUUUUGCAGCUGCCUUUUGAGCAUGACCAAUCAUUUUUACUCCUGAGUAAGGAAAACGAUUGUGCAUGCCCACCGUCCAGCUCAGAAAGCAUGCUCAUACUACCUGUGCAAGCAGCUGGUCAAAAAGACACAGAGAACUACACUCAACGUUGGGUCAACUCUUAGGUUCCGGAGUUGUAUUUUUGAGUUUUAAAAUGUGGCUUCAUCAUCAGCGUGGAUGUGAGUUCAGGUUGCAUCUGUUUCUUUGCUAAUCUCCUUGGUCCUUGCUGAGACUGUGUAUAAAAGAGUAUUUUGCAAGCGGGAGUGGAUUGGACAUGUUGAACAUACACUGGUGUAUAUACUGUAUUUAGCCUGAAGACUUUCCUAAAGUAUUUUGUUCUAAGAAAUAACCUGCCAUUUUCUAUAGAUUUUACUUUUUUAUAUCUUCUAAUCUUCUUUCAUCAUCACAUGGAGAGAUGUGGCUUUACCCAGUGCUAACCAUUUGUAAGUGCUUUUGUAGAGACUUGGAGCUGCUAAGGAAGAUUUUGGAGCUUCCUACCUACUGGUGUCAGUAAGAUGAAGCAUGUGGAAUGUAUGAUAGUGUUGUACAGUGGACUCGGGUUUAGAUCCAUUUCAUGUUUAUUUAAAAUCAUUGUUUGCCAUGGGGCACAAGUAGGGGCAGGGACAGGAGCUUCACAGCAUAUGUAAGAGGUGUCUUCAAAUCUCAAUAGACUCUUCCCGGGCCUAUUCUGGAGGGUUCACCUGAGGUCACUAGUAUCACCAAGGGACUUGGAAUGCCUGGGCAGCUCCCAGGCUUUUGAUGCCAAUUAGCACUGCCUGGAUUCUGUGACUUUCCUUUCUUGUUUGCAGUCAGAAGUGAAGGAUUUGGUACACCAUCUUUUUGCCAACAGUUUAUGGCGAGAAUCAUCACUGCCAUGGAGGGUACUCAGGAAGAACUCCAAUUGUUCUGGACAAGAAAAUUAAAAGGUGUCCAUCCUUGGCUUGGAAUCGUGUGUGUGUGUGUGUGUGUGUGUGUGUGUGUGUGUGUGUGUGUGUGUGUGUGUGUGUGUGUGUGUGUUAGGGGGCUUUCUGACUUCAAGGCUUGAUUUAGAAAUGUGAAGUGUUUUAUGCUUGGUGUGUCUAGGGAUUGUUCUUAUUUGCUGGUGGCAGGCAGAGUGCCCUGAGGGGUCUGAAUUAUUUCCCAGAGCCUCUCUCCAGAUUCUACUGUGGGGCAGAGACCGACCUGUGCAGGAGAGGGAAGUCACUCCAGGUUAAAAAAUGUGGUAGAGGGGUUGGGGAUUUAGCUCAGUGGUAGAGUGCUUGCCUAGCAAGCGCAAGGCCCUGGGUUUGGUCCCCAGCUCCGAAAAAAAGAAAAAAGGAAAAAAAAAAAUGUGGUAGAAGACAGUAGAAAGUUUCCUGCCUAGCCUCGCAAACCCUGCCCUGCUUCUGACAGCGCGGCUGUAAACCACAGGUAGCACUGGGCCUCCCGCUCAGGUUCACUCCCCUCUAGGUCUUUCCUACUUGGAACAUAGUUUUUGGAAUCCUUUAUAGUUUGAAAACAAAUGUGAAACAUUUUAUUCAAAUUAUUUUGGAGCCCUUGUUGAUGUUUUUUCAUGUAAAAAAAAAUCAUGUAAUACCAGGAAUUUGGUAGUGUAUGUUACUUACAGAGGCACAUGAGGUUUGGUUUCGAUCUGUGGUGAGCCAGGUGCGCUGUACAUCUUCGAGUGCUCCACUGCUGUGUGCCCUCAUCAUUGAGCAUCAGGCUGCCGACAGAGUUCAUCUGACAUGGCCCAUAUGUUAAGGCUAUCAGGAAAACAUCAGAGCUGGGACAGCUUUGGCACAGCCUCCCAGAGUCGAGCUCUCUGCUGCUAUGAACUCUGCAGCGUGAACUUUGCUAGGUGCUAUUCCAGACUGGGGGACUGUGUUUCUGUGCUUGUAGUUCUGUUGGUUUUUCCUGUAGGCAUUUAUGUUCUGUGUAGGUCUGCUCACCAACUGUGCCUCUCACCACUGGUUAAAAUUGAGUUCAGGCCCCAUUACCAAAAUGUGUUGUGUUUUGUUUUUUGUUUUGUCUUGUUUUGAUUCUCUUGUGUUUUUGCACCAGCGUGUAUUUCUCUCGUCUUAAAAGCUGCAUGUCAUAUCACUGUACACAAAAUGCUUUGGUGUCUGUCAUUCAUGAGCCAUCAUUAGUGAGCUCUGUAUAAAUUUAAUUUUGCAGUAAAAGGACGGCAGAGUAUCCUUCCUGCAGGCUGGAAGAAAGUGUAUCCUGCAUUUUAAAUUAUGUUAGGCCAAGUGCAUGAGGUGUGUCACUGCCUUCUGUUUAUUUAUUUGUAUAUUUUAUUAUUCAAGGUGUACGCACUUUUAAGAAGCAGAAUUUAUAUUUUUAUGUUGAAAACGUUUUAUUUCUGAGACAGCAGUUGGUUGUAUAGUAUACAGUUGGAAUUAAGAGAAAACUGGAAAAUGUAACAAAACAUAAUAAAUUUAUUACAUGAUGCCUUCUUCAA